AUGCCUGAGAAACUGGAAGAAUGGGAGAUAAAAAAGUACUGGGAGAUAUUUAGUGGUCUGAAGCCUGUUGACAACAAGCUUUCCGGCGACAGAGUCUCCGUGGUGUUCAAGAACUCUCAACUGAAUACGGACCAACUGGCCCUGAUUUGGGACUUGUCAGAUAUCGACCAAGAUGGUGAACUAGACUUCGAAGAGUUCUGUAUUGCAAUGCGUCUUAUAUUUGACCUUGUAAAUGGCACGAUUGCAGAGCUUCCAUCAACCUUGCCUAAUUGGCUGGUUCCAGGUAGUAAGGCUCAUCUGGUUCAAGCCAACUCGGCCGUAUCGCAAGGAUCGAAUUAUUCUGCCAACACGCAGGUGGACGAUGAUGAUGAAGAUGCAAAGUUGAGCUCCGAUUUUGAAUGGUACAUCUCACCCGCUGACAAAUCGUCGUAUGAGAGUAUCUAUACCGCGUCCAGUGAUCAGUAUGGAAGGAUCAAGUUCAACGACCUCCAAGAAUUGUAUGAGACUUUGGUCAAAGUACCUCAAACCGAUAUCAGUUCUGCCUGGAAUUUAGUGAAUCCAAAACAAGCGGAAACAAUUGAUAAGGAUCAGUGUUUGGUCUUUCUGCAUAUCCUGAACCAAAGAUCAAAUGGCAAAAGGGUUCCUAGGGGUGUUCCAGCGUCCUUAAGGGCUACGUUCUCAAAAGAAACUCCAACAUACGAUCUAAAAUCUUCCCAAGCCCAAGUCACCAAGCCCUCUUCGGCCCCUGGUCAUGAAUCUAGGAAACAUUCUUUUGCUGAUAGUUAUCUCUCUAAGAUUGGAGCAAGUCAAAACUCAAGUGCAGAGGUAGGAACAGAUUUCAGUGCCACUAAGGAUACGGAUUGGGAAGAGGUUAGACUUACCAGACAAUUACAAGAUCUUGAAGAACUGAUUUCAAAAGUGGAAAAAGAUAGAUCUCAGAGAUUGGAUCCCGAUCCUGCUGUCAACGCAUCAUCUAUGACCAAGUAUGAACUAGAGCAACUGUUAAAGUACAAAGAGGACAAAUUAACUUCAUUGAAAUCGUCCAAUGGAGCGUCUAGUGGAAGUCUUUCCUCCAUCAAAGCUGAUGUAGAUUUGAUUGAAAGUCAAGUUCAAACCCUUCAGGAGUAUCUACAAUCUAAGAAGGAAGAGCUGAAGCAGUUACAGUCAACACUGAAAACAUAG